AUAGCCAUCGCUCGUGCCUUGGUGAGAAAUCCAAAGAUUCUUUUGUUGGAUGAAGCCACAUCCGCCCUAGAUUUGCAAAGUGAACAGGUGGUUCAACAAGCCAUCGACUCGGCCCGAUCAGGUCGUACAUGUUUGGUGAUCGCUCAUCGCUUGAGCACCGUUCAAAACGCCGAUGCGAUUUGUGUUCUACGCGGUGGCAACAUCGUUGAGUACGGAACUCACAACGAACUUUUGGCAUUGGGUGGCAUUUACACUCGAUUAUACAAUGCACAGAAAUGAUUGCACAAAUUCCCGAAGAAUUCACAGUGAAAUUGUCAAAUAAUGGUAUUAUCUUGAAUAAACUUUCAUCGGCAUAAUAACAUCUUCUUUGAAUUAAUCUA